AUGCUGACAGCUCUUUUUUUAAUCUGGCGUUUGGCUUUCCAUCAUGUGGGAGCUCCUCUAUCGAUUGAUAGAAGAUCGAGCUAUCGACCAAUGGUCAUGGGCGUACGCUGGCUUAUGCCGGCGGAAACUGGCACGAUGGUUAUGACCCUUUCGCUAUCUUGUCGCGAACAUGACGAUCUUGUUGCUAAAAAGAGGGGCACAUAUGUGCGGUACCUUGUUCAAACCCCCAAUGUCGAUGAGAUUGCUGUGACGUAUAAAGUUGCAAACAAUGGGACUUUCGGACGGCCGCCGACGCCUUUCAUCUGUUCGGCACUGUCCGGAGCGGCCCCACUGUGCCGGACCGUCGCCUAA